AUGGCAGUGAUAAAACAGUUUGAAGGAGGAAAGAAAGUUAAUGUGAUCGCACAUGAUAUGAAGUUAUCGCACUCUACUGUGUCAAUGAUUUUGAAAGACAAAGAAAGGAUUCGUGAAGCUGUGAAAGGUUCUGCACCCAUGCGAUCAACUACGAAGGCUAGAAGUCUGUUUGAGACUUUGAAGAAAUGUGCCGGAGAAGACUACAAUCAAGAAUUUUUGGCGAGUGUUAGCUGGUUCAAGAGGUUCAAGAACAGAUUCCAACUGCAUAAUGUUCGAGUGACUGGAGAAGCAACGAGUGCAGAUGAGGAAGGAGCUACAAAGUUUGGAGAAGCAACGAGUGCAGAUGAGGAAGGAGCUACAAAGUUUGUCAAAAAUCUGGAUGAAAUAAUUAGAGAUGAACGAUAUAUUCCAGAGCAGAUUUUUAAUGUGGAUGAAACUGGGUUGUUAUGGAAAAGAAUGCCAACAUGCACUUACAUCCACAAAGAAACCAAAAUCAUGCCAGGUUUUAAAGCAUUUAAGGAUAGGCUGACUCUGCUGCUUGGUGGGAAUAUCGCAGGAUUCAAGCUGAAGCCUUUCCUAAUUUAUCACUCUGAAAACCUACGAGCGUUCAAGAAUGUAAACAAGCACGCUUUGCCUGUUUACUUUUGCUCUAACCAUAAGGCAUGGAUGACUCAGACACUUUUUGAAGACUGGUUCCUUAACUGUUUCAUUCCUCAAGUGCGUGAAUACUAUUUUGAGAAAAGAAUUCCUUUCAAGAUUUUACUGCUGCUGGAUAAUGCACCUGAACAUCCACCUCACUUAGAUGAUCUCAGUCCCGAUGUGAAAGUGAUUUUUUUGCCACCAAACACCACUCAAAUUCCUCAACCUAUGGACCAAGGUUGGAAUGCUGCAUUUAAGGCAAACUAUCUCCGAACCACCUUUGCCCAAGCCAUAUCUGCUAUAGAUGCCGACCCAGAACUAACCCUGCGAGAAUUUCGGAAAGAGUAUAAUAUUCUUCAGUGUUAA